UUUACUUUUAUUAGGCUCCAACAGCACAAUUUUUUUUACAAAAAAUGCAUUCAGGUUAAGGGGAUCGAAGCCACGUGGGACUUGCUGCGGUGGAAGGUACGCCACCUAAAAAGUACAUUCAAAAAAGCGAAUGAUUAUCGCACCUCAACUGGCGCUGGAAUUGAUGAAAUGGAUGUUGGCGUUGGCAGUUUUGAAGAAAAAAUUGAGAAAAUGUGCCCCCAUUACAAUCGCCUAAACAAAAUUUUCGGAGCUAAAUCGCAUGCGCAAAAUAAUUUCUGCGCUGUCGACACGGGCAAUGACUUGCUGCUUAUCGUGCCACAGCCGUCAACAAUUUCACUGUCAACAAUUUCCCUACCAGUACAUUCGCCGCCAAUAGUCUUUCCACCAGCAAUUUCACCGCCAAUAGCCUCGCCAUCAGCAUUUCCACCGCAAAUAAUCUACCCACCAGCAAUAUCACCACAAAUAAUCUCUCCACCAGCAAUAUCACCGCCAAUAGCCUCGCCGCCAGCAGUUCCACUGCCAACAGUUUCGCAGCAAUCACUCCCACUUGGGGCUGAUUUUCCACAAUCAGUUAAAACCAUGGCUAAAAAAAUGAAAAUGCAGGCUCCCAAAACAUCAGCGGCUUGUUUGAUGGUUUACCAGCAAAACAGAAUGGAGUUUGAAAAAGAUAAGCUUCAAUUUGAAAAAGAAAAGUUGGAGAAGCAGCUAGAACUAUCAAAAGCUGAAAUUGAGUUGAAAAAAGAAGAGCUUAAACUUCAGAAAAUGAAAUUGGAGCAAGAUGAAAAAAUAAAAAGGCUAGAAAUAGAAAAAGACGAACGAAUAGCUAUGUACGAAAUAAAAAUGAAAUACAUGAAGUAAUACAAAAUUUAA